ACUUCGGAACAGCUGACGGGAUUAGACGUGUUUUCGCGUUGGUUCGUUCCUUCGGUCGUCUACACGGAUACAGAACGUGCCCUCUUGGUGUGGCAGUGUAUGUGGAUUCUGCGACCGGAACGGGAUGGCUAGAUCAGUCGUAGCAAGUGUUUGAGUGAGAGCGGCGGUAUUUGUUAGCUUUUCUCAUUCCGUCGCUAGCGAGUUGCUUUGGAAAUAAAGAGAAGUACGAGAUUGAUUAGCGGAUCGACGACGACGGCGGCGGCUUCGAGUGGAGAAAAGUUUGACCUUUCGCCAGAGGUUUUCGCAGUCUAUUCCCCGUUAACAUUCGAGUCGCAGUGGGUCACACGGAAUAGUUGACCCGUGGAAUUUUCUAAAAAAGCUGGCGUUUGUGUGCGGUUUGAGAAGAACUGUGUCGCCGUGGUGAAAAUAGUGCCUGAAAGGGAAGGAAAGAUAUUUUGUCGGGCCAAGAUUUUUUUUUUGUCGAACGGUAGACUCGGAUGUGGUGAAACAGAAAAGGUCUCACCGUGGUGGCGCCGCUGAAGGCAAUAUAUAUAAAUACAGGAAAAGCUGGAAGUGCGUGUAUGGGUGGUCCAGCGGUUGUGUUGUUGACAGUGAAAAAAGAAAAACAGAUUGAUGAGAAUUGUCGAAGCAUUUAAAUUGGCCCUAAUUUGAGCGCAAGGAUUUGGGCUAAUUGAAAAGGUGUCAGUGUUUCCGCGAUCGACCGUACCAGAGCCGUGUCGUGACUGACGGAGAGAAUAGAUGCACAUACACAGGCGCACGUUUUUGGAAAGCUGCCAUCAUUUGACGUUCCAUUUUAGUGCGAUUAUUCGCGGUCGAGAGCCCAUUAAAAAGGGGUAGAGGGAUUUUUUGUGUGGUCAACGCAAAGGAACGUGCUACGCAAGGUUUCUUCUUUUUCGACUUCUUCUGAUUGGUGUGCGAAUAAAUAAAUAAGCAAUCGGAAAAACAACUGUAGAGAAAAAAAAGGUAGAAAAGACCGUCAAGAAGAACGCGAGUAUAAUCAUACCGACACACAACAACAACAAUUGAGUAGAACAGCCGAAGAUCGACGGCGGCGACUACGACGACGACGACGCGUCGUGCUCCGUUCGGGUGGGGUGGUAUUGUGUGUGCGUAGUUUACUGUACAAACCGACCGCCGAUUGAUUCCGUGCCGUGUGCGGGUUCGGGCGCUGAAUGUUUUUAAUAUUUCCAUUCAUCGCACAGUCCAGUAGUGCAUCAUUGUUAUUUACGAUCGCGAAGAAGCAAGUGAAUUUUGCGCUCGUUUUAGCGAUUCGUUUUAAUUGUUUAUACGCGAGGUGUCGUGCCGGAGGUUUAAUCAAAGGUUGUACCAACAGGAGACGAUAAAGAUCGCAUCACUCUGAGGCUGAGCGUCAUUGGCGUUGUAGCACACUUCCGGCUAGGAAGCUAAAAAUAAUUACAUGCUGCAGUGUGAAAUACUUUUUGAAUAGCAAGCAGCUGUAGAAGUGAACUGAUAAACCAACAUCGGACGGCAGAAUUCUGUGCCCAAUGAACCGUGAACCGGUGGAAAGACACCUGUGAAACCGACUGGACCCAAUGAAGUUUGACAGAUCGCCCACGACCGGUUGCUCGCCGUGUGCGGCGCAAACGACGGAAUGUGAUGUCAGAUGGACCGAUAGUGUGGCGGCAAUGGCGAACAAUGACGCGGUUGGCUGCCGGAGAAGCCGACGAAAAUGUGCCAAAUUUUCCGAUGCCCGCCAGAGGGUUUCACCGCAGGAAGACUCCGGCAGUACAACGUCAUCAUUCCAGCCGCCCUGCCGCCCGACGUCACCGUCACCGUGCGAUAGUGGCCAUCAAAUCCAAGCGGGGGCACCGUGCGGGAACAGCACAUCCAGAAGAAGCCCGUUCCGAUGGCACCGAUGCCGAUCGGUAGUGCUGUACAUAGUAGCGAUAGUGUUAGUAGGUGCAAUUUCCGCAGUACACUGUGAUGCAGUUAGUGAUAAUACGAACGGCGACGGCAGCAGUAGCAGUAGUAGAAGUAAUAGCAGUAAACCUAGUACUAAGCAAUCUAGUUCCGAUAUCAUUGAUCCGGCGGGCACUAGUGGGAGUGGUUACGUGGACCACUACGAGGGCAGCGGACACUACACACAUCACUGGGCUGUGCACAUUCCGAACGGGGAGGAUGAACUGGUCGAACGGGUCGCGGCGGAGCACGGGUUCAUCAAUCUUGGCAAGAUUGUCGAUGAAUAUUACCACUUCGAGCAUCAGCACGUGAAGAAACGAUCGGUGAGCCCCUCGUCACAUCAUCAGCAGCGGCUGGACGGAGACGAUAGAGUUCGAUGGGCGAAACAACAGCGCGCCAAGCGACGUCAGAAGCGGGACUUUCGGCCACUGAAGAGUCCCUACCUGAUACAGCUCAACGAUCCUAAGUGGCCCGAGAUGUGGUACUUGAACCGCGGCAACGGGUUGGACAUGAAUGUGAUACCUGCGUGGAAGGAAGGCGUGACGGGGAAAGGUGUGGUGGUGACCAUUCUUGAUGACGGUCUGGAAUCAGACCAUCCCGAUCUUGAGCACAACUAUGACUCGAAAGCAUCGUUCGACGUUAACGGCAACGAUGGAGACCCCAUGCCACACUACGACCUGACGGAUUCGAACCGGCAUGGAACGCGCUGUGCUGGUGAAGUUGCCGCCACGGCUAACAAUUCCAAGUGCGCAGUCGGCAUUGCGUACGGAGCCCGUGUCGGAGGCGUUCGAAUGCUGGACGGUGACGUGACCGACGUGGUGGAAGCCAAAUCGCUCGGUCUAAACUCGCAGCAUAUCGAUAUCUACAGUGCCUCCUGGGGACCGGACGAUGACGGGAAGACGGUGGACGGUCCGGGAGAUAUGGCCACGAGAGCGUUCAUCGAGGGCGUCCGGAAGGGACGAGGCGGAAAGGGUUCGAUUUUUAUCUGGGCCUCCGGAAACGGUGGCCGCGAGCACGACAACUGUAACUGCGAUGGUUACACAAACUCCAUUUGGACACUGUCGAUUUCGAGUGCGUCCCAGGAGGGUCUAGUGCCUUGGUUUUCGGAAAUGUGCAGCUCGACUCUGGCCACCACUUACAGCAGCGGGAAUACUAACGAGAAACAAGUUAUCACAACAGAUUUACAUCACUCAUGUACAACCUCGCACACGGGAACAUCCGCUUCGGCCCCACUGGCGGCCGGCAUCGCGGCUCUAGUUCUGGAAGCGAAUCGCAACCUAACGUGGCGUGAUAUGCAGCAUAUAGUCGUUCGCACGGCUAAGCCCGGUAAUCUGAAGGAUCCGACAUGGUCAAAAAACGGUGUCGGACGUCGUGUAUCCCACUCCUUCGGUUAUGGCCUGAUGGAUGCUGCCGCCAUGGUAAAGCUGGCACGUACUUGGAAAACCGUACCGGAUCAGCAAGUAUGCGAAAUCAACGCUCCCCAUCUGGACAAACAAAUUCCACCUCGGACGAAAGUUACACUGCAGCUGACCGUGGAACAUUGCAUGGGGGUCAACUAUCUGGAACAUGUGCAGGCGAAAAUUACGCUCACUUCUCAGCGACGGGGCGAUAUUCAAAUCUUUCUGACAUCGCCAUCCGGCACUCGGGUCACGCUUUUGACGCCAAGAUCCCACGAUUUAUCCCGUUCAGGCUUCAAUCAGUGGCCUUUCAUGUCGGUGCACACGUGGGGAGAAGCACCGCACGGGACCUGGCAGCUGGAAAUUCACAACGAAGGCCGCUUAUUAGGCUACUCGUUGAUUCGGGGCUGGUCGCUCAUUCUGUACGGAACCACCGGUCCACCAGAUCCGAACGAUCCACCGAAUGCACCGCGUAUAUUUUCCACCCCGCAGCCGGCUCUGCCGCCAAUCAUACCAGCUUCCGGUUUCAAUCCGUAUUCGGUGGGUGGUUCGAAAAAUUUCUACGCAGCCAUCGGCAAGCCAAACCGGAAACAGCAGAUGCAGUAUGCCACAUUCACGCCAACUUCGCAGUUCGGAAUGACACCUGUCUACCAGGCGCCACCAGCAACACCCUCGCGAAAGAAUAACAAAAACAAAAAUAAACCAAACAAAAAUUCCAAAACAACGACGGCGCGCCCCAUAAGUCAAACCACUCUGAAUGUUUUCCUCAACUCGUACGGCAGUGGAAAAAAGUACGAAUACAACACAGGGAAUCGGAAAAACCAAACACCGAAGCCCAAACCGGCCAUGCAAACGAUCAACUACGGUAAAAGUGAUAAGUACCAUGCGGCCACUUCGAACAUCUACGAAAAGCAAAUCGCCAUCAAAGCACCCAAACAAGUCAAGGAUAACAACCCGCAAACUCCAACUAAAGUCUUCUCACGUAAACCAUUCGCCACAACAUCCACCACGGCUCUUCCAUCAACGGCUGUGCACUCGAACAACGCAACCUACAGCGGCGAAAUUUCCACUUUAACCACCUCGAAUCCUUCGCAAAACGAGCGUCUUUCCACGACCAACGCCCGAAUCCCGAAACUAUUCCAGCAGUACGAAAAAAUCCAACAAUUCUACCCGGAGCUGAAACCGUACUCCUCGAUCCGGGACGAUCUUGAGCGACCGAAAGCGUCGUCUACCCAGCAGCAGCCGAAAGCGUCUUCCUAUCUUCCGACCGGAACGGGAACGGGAGGCGGUGGAAGCACUAAUGGGAAACCGUCCCGGGCCAACACCAAGAUAUUCUUCCCCGAUACCGACAUCAUCGAUGCGAUCGGACCGCGCAAGAUCGCUUCGAGUCUUCAGCCGAUUCAGCCGUUCUACGGCCGAACGCAGGCUUCCCAGUUUGUGUCCAGCGGGCCGAAGAGCGGAAAGGCACAAAUAACGCAGUGGAAUCUCAUCUUCUACGGUACGGAAACACCAGCCCAGCCGGACGAUCCGAUAAGGCUGGGGAAGCCCGCAUUCAGUGACAGCAACUACGGCGGCGAAAUCGAGCACAACUCGCUGGAGUUCGACAAUGGCAUCAGUAGCGACCAGUGGCGGAAUAUGCAACAGAUCGGGGAAAGCCACGUGGACGUCCAGCGGACCGCUUCGAACGAUGUGACCAGUUUGGCCUGCGUCAGCUACUCGCUAGCGCGCUGCAUAGUGUGCGGUUCGGCAUCCUACUUCUACCAUGGACACUGCUAUUCGUCCUGCCCGGCAAGUACCUAUCCCUCCGAGGGAACCGAACCAGCGAGCGAGGCAGAAAAUGCCAUCGUCGAACAGAAGCCACUACCGAUAGGUUCAUUACGACGACGACGAGGACCAGGAGAAGGACGAGAAACAGAUAGUGCAUUCCGGCUAGCACACAACAAUGGCACUGUCGAUAAUUUCAACAAUUUAGAUGACGUUCCGCUAGUAGUGGGGCGACCGCAUAAACGUGACACCAAGCUUCAAACUCGACAGCAGUACUGCAGUCCCUGUCAUCCCACAUGUCUAAAAUGCGUCGGACCGGAGGAUUACCACUGCACGGAGUGUCAGCCGGAGUUCGCCUUCACCGUUGGAGUUUCAAACACUUCCAGGCUAUGCGUUUCGAUCAAUGGCAAACAUCAACAGCCGGUCCCGUUUGGCUCAGGUGAAGCAAAUAAAUCCUCGACUAAUGCCACAUUAUCCGCCUCGAACCCGAACGAUAAGCGCUGGAUACUGACCGACUACCUCAUUAUGAUAACUGUCGUUGGCACGACACUACUGGUGUCCUUUGUGGUCAUCUAUCUGCUCUGGAUGCGAUGCUUUCGAGGCGUCCUGCUGCCGGGUGGUGGAACCGGUCUGGCGGGAACGAUGGCGGCCGGCAUCAGCGGUGAUUAUCAGUACAACCGAGUACAAACGUCCGAAACCGCUGAUGAGCCCUCUUACGCGCAACUGGUGCGAGAUGAAAUCGACCGAACACUGGCCGAAAGCUCUAGCGAUGAGUCCGACGCUGGAACAUUUAUGACACGGGGAAUCAUCGCCCCAAUCGAGAGAUAAAAGAAACGGCGGCAACGGUCGAAGAUCAAUCCCACAUUUUAUUCACAUAGCAGGAACAUAAGCGGUAGCAUUUACGUGUUUUUCUUUCCCCUUUCGCAGGCAGCUUGAAAAAGUAGGUACGUCUCGUGAUACAGCAGCAGGCACCCAGUAGUAUGAUUUUAACCUAGCAGAAUACUUAAUGAGUAAUUUUAUGUAGGUACGCCUGUAAGGAAU